AUGCUCACGCGGUGGCUGCGCGAACAUCAACGACAAGGCGUGAAGUUUAUGUUCGACUGUCUGAUGGGUCUGAAGGACUUUCAAGGAGAAGGAUGCAUCCUGGCAGACGACAUGGGACUGGGCAAAACCCUUCAGAGCAUUACAAUUCUCUGGACGCUUCUCGAGCAAAACAUCGAGGGCACGCAACCUGCGGUCCGCCGAGCAGUCGUCGUGUGCCCCGCCUCUCUCGUGAACAACUGGGCGGCGGAGAUCCAAAAGUGGCUGCAAGGCCGUUGUGGAUGCACACCUGUGGCUGACAACUGUAAGGACAAGGUCGUCUCCAAGUUCGAGGGCUUCAAGUAUGAUCGGCAGUCUCGGAUUCUAAUUGCGAGCUACGAGACCUUCCGGGUGCACGUCCACCGGCUCGAAGGCGUUCCGAUUGACAUGGUUGUCUGCGACGAGGCGCAUCGUCUGAAGAACGACAAAACGAAGACGUCGUUGGCGAUCAUUGAGCUGCCUGCCAAGAAGCGGCUACUCCUCAGCGGCACGCCCAUUCAGAAUGACCUCGACGAGUUCUUUGCUCUCGUUUCCCUCUGUAAUCCGAAUGUCGUCGGCGAUGCACACACGUUCCGCAAGAGAUACGCCAACCCCAUCCUGAUCGGCCGCGAACCUGACGCAACGGAAGACCAGCAGCAGCUGGCGGCGGCACGGCUCACAGAGCUCUCGUCGCUCACCAACAUGUUCAUUCUUCGCCGAACGAAUUCGCUCCUCGCCAAAGUUCUCCCCCCGAAAGUUGUUCUGAAUGUUUUCUGUCGCCUGACGCCUCUUCAGAAAGAGUUCUACCGUUCCUUCCUCAGCUCCAAGAGCUGCCGGAAGAUCUUCGCGGCGGAGGCGGAAGGCAAGAGCGGGUUCACCGGUCGGGUCCUCUCCAGCAUCCAGGGGCUCAUGAAGCUGUGCAAUCACCCGUCUCUGGUGAAAUCGCAAGCGCAAAUGCUCCAGGGAUUCGAGAAGUGCGAAAAGUACUUCAGCGAACUGGACCUCGAGGGCCAGAAGGCGCGCUCGCGUCUGGUCCGCCCCGAAAUUUCCGGCAAACUGCUGCUUCUCGCCAGGCUACUCGAUGUCAUCAGAACCACCACGAAUGACAAAAUUGUCCUCAUCAGCAAUUAUACGCAGACACUGGAUCUGUUUGAUCGCAUGUGCCGGGACUGUGGCUACCCGGUCAUGCGCCUCGAUGGGCAAACGUCGAUCAAGAAGCGGCACGCGAUGAUCACGAAAUUCAAUGACCCGAUGAAUCCUCAGAGCUUUGUUUUUCUCUUAUCAAGCAAAGCCGGAGGAUGCGGCGUGAAUCUGAUCGGCGCCAACCGCCUCGUGCUCUUCGACCCCGAUUGGAACCCCGCGAACGAUAAGCAGGCGCUUGCGCGCGUGUGGCGGGACGGCCAGAAGAAACCCUGCUACAUCUACCGCUUCUUCAGCACUGGAACGAUUGAAGAGAAAAUCUACCAGCGUCAGAUCUGCAAGGACGGCCUCAGUGCGAUGCUCGUCAGCGACGGAGAAAACCAGAUCAAAGACAGCUUGUCGACCGAGCUGGUUAAAGAUCUGUUUCGCCUGAGAGAAGACACCGUGUCGGACACCCACGACAUGCUCGACUGUGAGAGGUGCGGCUUCGCGUCUCGGCGAGAUGUUGAAAACGAAGGCGAAAACGGGAGACGAGAGGCAAGCACAGAGACGGAACACGAAAUCCGAAACUUCGUCCCCCAGCUUGAGGAGGAUUUCGACGAGGACGAUCUGCUGACGUGGGCGCACCACAGCGACCUCGCGUCGCUUCCCGAUCCGUGCCUGCGGCAGGCGGCAUUCGCCUGUGUCGACGCUCACGGCUCUGGGACAAACGAAGACGAGGAGACUGUCUCUGUGGAGCAGCCGAUUAGUUUCGUCAUGUCGUGUCGAAUCGAGUUCAAAAACGAAGAAAAACCGCAGCCGCCUGCCGCCGGAAAACCGCCCGCCUCGGCGUCCUCGCCUGCCUCGGAGCCUCCGCCAGGCCUCGGCAGCGCUUCGGGUCUUGCUGAGGAGCGGUCGCGGAAGAAGACGAAGCUCGCAGGCACAGACGAGGAAGACGAGGAUUUCGUGGUCUGCGUGCCGGACGAGACGUCCAGCGAAGAAGAGUAA